UUGUUGGCGAGUGCCGCGGCUGCACGAGUCCUGGAAAGCGUUGUUGGCCCGGUUACUCCGGAGCCGGGUCCCAGGUCGGGUGGCUGCCCGCUUGCCCGCUCGCCAGCAGCUCGCCAUGGGGAGUACGGAGAGCAGCGAGGGCCGUAGGGUGUCCUUCGGAGUGGACGAGGAGGAGCGGGUCCGGGUGCUGCAGGGCGUCAGGCUGUCUGAAAAUGUGGUGAACCGCAUGAAGGAGCCCAGCUCUCCACCCCCUGCUCCUGCAUCUUCUACGUUUGGCCUUCCAGAUGGCAACUUGAGAGCCCCUCACAAAGAAUCCACAAUGCCCAGGUCAGGGAGCAGUGGUGGUCAGCAGCCCUCAGGGGCAAAGGAGGGUGUCAAGAGGUGAGCCCAAGAGC